AUGACAUUACUAGCCACAGGUCCUAAUAUUCGAAAGCGUGGCCGACCACGAAAAUACCCAUCCGUGGAGCAGAGGCGCGAGGCUCGCACGAUUCAACGACGGCAUCAGCGACGGCGACAGUCCGCCAGGGCUGCCGAGGCUGCCAACUAUGCGUCUCAAAUCGGUCCGUACUGUGCCAAUCUCGCUCGCGUAACCGCCGAGCCUGUUGCUGGGCUUGUUCUUCCUACCACUCCCUCGUUUGCCCUUCCCCGAGAGGAACCCACGCUGCCUGGAGACAUUCAGCCGCUCUCGCUUCCUCUGAGCCCCACACCAACUGCAGUCAUUGAACCUGGAAGUGCCGCUCUCCCUCGAUCUCUGUCCGCCGACUCGACCUUUAUUUUGCCAGAUAGCAUACCUGUGAACGCAAAUCCAGAUCAUCAUCCGCUCGAUCCCUCACGGACUAGCGAAUCAUCGCCCGCGGCACUGAUCAGCGAGGAUAACGAAGAAUCUCCGAUCCGAUCCCCUAACCAGUCCGGCUGUGAUCAUACACGUAUUCUGAGCGACACGAAUGACGUGUGGCCUGAUGUGGACGUGCCAGAUCCUGACAUCAUCGUCGAUUCGGAUACCGAGCUAGAGAGUCCCACUCCAGACCAAGAAACGAAAAGUACCGGAGCGCUACUCGCGGAACAGCUCCUCCGGUCUCCCGAGUGCUGCAUUGAUUGCCAUACGCGAUAUAAGCACGAGCGGAACCCAGUCGGAUCACCGAGCCACGGUCUGAACGAGGUCUUCAGCUGGCCCUGUCCCGACGUGCUCAGCACUACCAGACUGGCCAGGUCUGGUGACCAAUUGAUCGAGGACUGGCCACCAGAACAGCGUGAAAAAGUCUUCUGCGGAACCGAUGCGGGACAACCCAGCAGCGUGCCUGCUAUCUGCUUGGCCCGGGGAGAACAGAAGUUAGGGCCAGCAGCCGUCCACUUCGAUAUUGACAGUGUCUUAGCUCAUGUAACCAGUCCAGCUGUCUGUUCCCAAGGCCUCUACUGGUAUCCUGUUCAGCGGCCGGUCUCGGACCUCCAGUCGGAUCUUCACUUAGAUCCACUCCCGGUUCAGUUCACAGAUGGCCACGGUCACCUACAUUGCGUCUCAGUACCGCUACAUCGCGUUAAGCACUACACGUUUGCCCGGGUGUCGGGAUUCGAGGAUGCAUCGAUCUACGCCCUGUUCCCUAGACUCCAUCAGCCCCAGCAGAAGUCUAGCCGACUGCCAGAUGAUCAGUUUCGGGUCUGGAUAGACGAUAUCCUCCUCCCAGCGGUCCAUCAAUACUACUCCGAUGCCCGGCUACAGCAUUUCCCUUCCAGUUUCAGUCAUAGCAACUCAAACUCAUGGGCGGCGUGGGCGGAGGGCCGAUCGAUCCAGACACAGUCCCGUCAACAGCUACUCAGCUACUUUCUGCCCCCCGAGCACCUAGAUCAUAUCUGGCAGGCUGUUCAUCAAAUUAUUCGAGCAAAGGGGCUAGACGAAUUCCAGGGGGUUCGUCUUUUCCUGAGUGCUAAGAACCUAAAGCUCCGUACACAGUCCGCGACCUGGUCCGAUAUGCAACAUCGGUUUCAACAGUUAUGGAGCAGCACUGCCAACCAGAGUUAUAUUCACGAGGUCUUCUUUGAUAUUGGGAAGGAAACAUGUCCUAUUACCCCCGAUUCUGGCCAGCCCAUCCGGGGGCAAACUCUGCUCUGGAAACAAUGCUGUCUAGACAAGCUUCUCCGCUCCCCGCUAGUCCAGAACCCGGGGAAGACAAUAUUUUAUCCUUUCUCGUUUCUCCGAGAUACAGGGUCCUUGACGAUCCAAACCCGGACUAGAUCUCACCUCCGUAAGACCGGGCUCCUUUACAGCCAGUUCUACAACUCGGUCAAAGAGAUCUUUGCGGCUGGAAAUCAGUACCCCUUCAGUAAUCCACUGUUAGAGGCUCCAGCCCUGGACCACGAGUCAUAUCAAACUUGGCAGCAUAUCGGGAAAGGUUUUCAUGACCGAAACACCCUCCAUCGCGCGUACAUCCACAGCAAGUCCCGCGCCAUUCUAUGGUGUCCUGGGAUCGCACCCAGGUAA